UAAAGUUUACAAGUUGAUUUAAAAAAGUAAAAGUGAUUUAUUUUGCUUUUAAGAUAUUCUAUUGUUAAAAUAUGAUGUAAGCAAACGAAAUAUUUCGUCAGAAUUGAUCUAUUACAAGUUCUUAGGACUUUCAAAUGAAUUAGAAGUAAAGAUGCUAAACUCACACAUUUCUCCCUCAGCUGUUGCCUGCUGUAGGUCAACUAGUGAAUCUGAAUGUCAUUUGGAAACAAGAAGCAGUGUAUUGCAUCUUCCAUUGUUCAAAAGAAACGUAACUGAUCGACUGAUAUCAGAUCAAGGCCUUGUAAUUCCAAAGAAAAGUCCAAAGUAUUUAAAUAGACAUGUAAAGGAUAAGUCAUAUUAUAUCGGAUUGCUUUUGCGUAAAGGAUAUGAAAUAAGUUCUGAGAUGAAGAACUUAAUGAAAGAGAUUGAAAAAAUCCGCAAAGAGCAGUCAACGUACCAUGCUUACAGAAAAAAAGCCGAAGCACAAGUUUUAGAGCUGCAACAUUAUCAAAUGAUAUUGUCUGAUUAUAAUACGCUAGAAGAUCUUCUGCAGAAUGACAUGGAUGUAAGAGACGUUAACUAUGAAUAUUGCAAGCUGAAAUCCUUGAAUGAACGCAAAGCUACAAUGCUUGAGAAUCUUUUUCAGGCUAGGAAAAAGAAAGAAAAUUUGGUUUCUGAAUUAGAAACUGAUAUCAACCAAGAAAACUAUAUUUCGGAUAUUUUAGAUUCGACUGUGAACCCUCAAAUUACAGAACAAUAUAAAAAGCUGAAGAAAGAGAAUGAUCGCUUACAAAACACUCUAAAGGAACAAGAAGAAGAGCUGCAGCAAUUAAAUAUUCAAAGAAAAGAUUUGGAUGAUCAGUAUAAGUCAUUAGUCAGUUCAGAAGUAAGAAAUUUGUUUAAUGAACUUCGAAUUGCUGAAAACGAAAGAGAUGCACUUCUUGCUACCCGAAACAAUAAGGACACACCAGAAGAAAAAUUAAAUCUUCAAAGACAGCACGUAGAAAACAAAAUUAUGAUGAACUGCAUAGUAAAACAGCUGCGAGAUGUAAAGAAACACAUUUCUCAAGUUAAGAAACAACUGUCAAAGGCAAAAGAGCUUAGAAAUAAUUUCGAGAAUAAAAGAAAGAAUAAAUAUUCUAAGUUGCAAAGUCAUGAGGAAAUUAUGGACCACUUUUUAUCUUGCUCCAAUGAAAUGCGAUCAGAUCUUCUAAGAGAAAAAACGCAUUUGGAAAUUACGAUAGAAUCUUUGCUUAAAGAAAUUAGUAGAAAAUUAUGGUUGGACGAGGAAAAUCCUCUGAAUCAGCCUGCAACUAUUAAGACGUGUAAUUCAGAAAAGAAUGUAUUGGACAUAUCUAGUACAUCUAACAGAACUUUAAGACAGAAGCAGUUAAAAUUAGCAUUAGAAUUAGAAGAAACUGAAGAACUCGAAGCACAAAUUCAAGAAGAAUUAUCAAAUGUACGUCGAGAGAUAGCUGAAAAAGAAAAAGAUAUAGCCAAGUUUCAUGAUUUCCAAAUUCAAAAAACUGUGGCCGAAAAAAAGCAAAAGCAACUUCAACAAGAGCUUGAAGUUCUUAAAAGUCAACAGAACGCCUUUAAAUAUAUUUGUGAAAAUUGUAAUCGUUAUUACGAUACUCUUAGAAAGCGGUUGAAUAAUAACCCAACUUUUGAAGAAUUGUCAAGAUUAGAAAACAGAUGGCAUACUCUAGAACAAGAAAACUUCGUGAUUAAAGAGUCUAUCGAUUUGGUGAAAUCCAAAAUAGAUUAUUUCUCCCUUAAAAAUAAGGUGUUAGAAACCUCACGGGAAUUGAACAAAAUGUUAUGAAAUAGUUGAAAUUCAUUCAGUGAGAGGAGUUAAAAAAUUUUACCUACCUUUUUUUUUUUUUUUAUCUCUCUUUGUGUUAGA